CUGGACGCCACGACACAUUCCAGCCGCAGCUGACCAUCCAUCAUUUCCGGUAAACAUCGGGCACUCGAUAAAGCCGUUGCAAUCCACAGAGGGGUUUUUCCUUUCUUCACUCAAAAUCGUUUCGAUUGAUAUAUCACAGCAGUCUUUGCAUGAUGAGUUCAUCUAAACGCGGCUUCAUCAAACGGCUCUUCAAACCGAGUCCGGUUGUCCAUCAUGGAGUGGGGCCGUCAGCUUCAAGUGCCGUUGGUCUCUCCGGGGAGAGCGCCGCAGUGUCUGGGUUAAACAACUCGGCGGCUGCAUCGACGAACUUGCGAGCCGCAUCUAUCGAUCUGGAUAAAUACCUACAGAACGUCGACACAACUGAACUGGAAAGUCGAUCUUCAGAUGUGAUCUCCAUGAGUCGCUGGAUUGAGAAGCAGGAGGCUUACUCAAAUUCUUCCUUCAGAAAUAUAGAUGUAGAGGAAGUCACAUUGUCUGUUCCUGAGUAUUUCCUCAUUGGUCUGGCAGCUGUGUCUGCGGAAGAAGCAUACGACCGUCCAACUCAAACUAGACUGCUAGCCAAAGGGUUCAAACUUGUCGGAGAGGUUGCUCGCUUGGCUGUUGGCCCAACUGGGAGCUCAAUCAAAGCUACAAGUGUUGGAAUGUAUGAAUCUACGGGACCUGCUCCUGAUACCCAGUACACGAUUGUCAUUGCAAUCCGUGGAACGGCUAGUAUACACGACUGGAUGGUAAACCUUAACGAUGGCCCGGAGAUUCCUAUUGAGGACGCGUUCAUGGGCAAAGACAUGAGCGACAAUCUCUACCGUGCGCAUGCGGGCUUUUUAGAGGGCGCAAAAGAGAUGCUCCCCGAAGUUGCGAUAAAACUCGCCCAGGUUGUGGAUAAUUUUUCACAGAUUACUUCCAAGGCGAAGAAACCUAGCCUGGUCUUCACCGGGCACUCAGCAGGAGGGGCUGUUGCGGCAAUGUUAUACACACAUCUUACGAACUCCACGUCCGGGUCCGAUAGCCUGAUAGAACUAAAGCACAAUUUCAGCAAUGUUCACUGCAUAACAUUCGGUGCUCCACCGAUCACUACCGUGCCCAUCCAGCCAGUAGACAAGACGUCCGUUCUGCUGUCGAUUGUUAACGAGGGCGACCCCAUACCUCGUGCGGAUAGGCAGUACAUCAACUCGCUUCUUAGGCUGUUCGUGACGGCCAUGCCGCAGGGUUCUCCGAAAUGGCCUCUUCCUCCGUGUGUCUUUGCGAAUGCCGGCAAAGUGCUUUUAUUACCUAAAGGUGGUGGUAGAUUCCUUGCGCCCAGGGAGACUGGCGAGGGGAGCUUGGCGGAGAUGAUCAUGGGCAAUCCCAAAGCGCAUAAAAUGCGACUAUACCUAGAGUAUCAACAGGGCAUGGCAUUUUAGACGAAAGAAGGUGUUCGCUGUCAUCAUGUUAUUUCCCAUGUUGGUCUUGCGCAAACCCCUUGGUCUGCUGGGAUCCGAGAAUUGGGCCUUUGUUGGGACUUAGUGAAUGUGUGGUUGUCAAAGGCAAUUGCUCCUCAAUCAUUAUUCGGCAUAUAGUAUGCGGAUCCGUACAGAUCCGUAAUGAUCCAUAAGAACUUCACUCUGGUUGAGAGAGAUGUUACUGUGCCACAAAUGGAGGGGUUAUCUCCCCUCGCAUGCUUGUUACCUGGCACCAGCGCUGGCGCCACAGCCGACUUGAAGAUUCAGGUUACUCUCCAAGGUUAAU